GAACUCGCUCUGAAUUUGAAACAACUAACAAAGUAUGCUUGCUAAUUUUAAUUUUAAUCGCUGUUGCAUAGAUAUACAUAAUUUGUAUUUAUUAUCCUUGGCUGUCGGACAUAGGCUAGUCCGACACCUUGGACUUCGGUUUCGCACCGCCCAUUGACCAUUACUUUAUCUCUUACCGUCUUCCGCAUAAGCCAUCAUAUUUACAUGGACGUCGAAAUCGACCUGGGUUGAGGGGUUUGAAAAAGUCCUCUUUUCCCUUAUUAACUAGGCUACCAGCAAUAACGGAUGAGUUGGAUGGGAUAUUGGCCAAGUCUUGGGUAACAAGAAACUUGGGAACUCAGCCAGCCUACUUACAAUGUCUGAAUAAAGCCCAGACGUGUUUCGACUGACUGGAUUCAAGGAUGGCUGAACAUAAGGCAGAGGGUGAUGGAGGAGGAAAUAUGGAGGAUCUGCCUGCUGGACAACUUCCUGCGGAGAUCGAGAGCUGGUCUACAGAACAUGUCAGAAAGUGGACUCUUGAGUUGAAAAAUAUAGGUGAAGAAUGUGCUAAUAUAAUGUACCAGCAGAAAAUUAAUGGAGAAAGUCUUUUACUUUUGGACAAAUCUGAUUUGAUGGGAACAGGUAUUCCAUUGGGUCCAGCAAAACUGAUAAUUCAUAAGAGGGAUGAACUUGUGAAACUCAAAGCUGAGAUGUUAAAUUAUCCUGGAGUUCAGGCAGGGGGUCCGUGCAAGCCUUACCCUUUCAAUCGAUUUCAUGAAGCUUACAGAUACAGGAUUAACAGCUGUCUCGACAUACCAGAGUCAGGGGCAUUAGAUUUGAUUGAGCCAUGUCAUGAAUUUAAAGCAUACAUCAAUACAGGUGACACAACAAAAGAAGCCAAAAUCAAGAAAUUCACUGACGAGGUUGUGCGUUUUGCAGGAGCUUGUAUGAACAGUCGCACAAAUGGCACCAUUCACUUUGGCGUAGGGGACUUGCCAGAUUUUAGCCAUGGUCAGAUUCUAGGCUUUAGUGUUGAAGAUAAAGAGUCUUUUGGGAAAGCUUUACAUGACAUGAUUGAGGGCCACUUUGAACAUAAACAUGUGGCGGCAGCAAAGAAGUGCAUCAAGCCACCUCGAUUUGUCGAGGUGCUUCAAUCUGAUAUGACAUCUUCAGAGAACUAUGUCAUGGAGGUUGACAUAGAACCGACAUUUUCAGUCUGUGAAGAGAACUUCUUUCAUGUCUACAACAUGGACUCACGAAAGUCAAAAAGAAGCAAGAGCAAAGAAUCUAGGGAAGAUGCAAAAAAGUCUUUCUACAUUCGAGACAACAGUAGCAGCAGAGAUCUUCUUAGGCAAAACACUCAGUCCAAGCCUCUGGAGGAGUACACUAAAUACAAUGAAAAUAUAUCAAAGCUGUCACAGGAAAGAAAGGAAGCUGAAGAAAAGCGCCUUUCCAUUGCUAGAAAUAGCGUUCAGGGUUCCAAGUUGUGUGAAAUGAUAACUGGUGGAUCACAUUCUUUGGAUACAUCCCAUUUUGAAAGGUACAUACUUGUAACCAACAAAUCGCAUCCAGUCCAACUCGAUUCCUUGAGUUUCCUUUUAGACAUGAACCUGACUGCAGUCUUGGACUUUGAUCCAGAGUCUUCAGAGAAAGGUUUAAAGAAGUUUUUUGAAGAUCGAAACACAAAUGUCCAUUCUCCAGCGGCAGUACAAAAUCACUGA